AUGACAACUCAGCCGACGGGCAAUCCGAUGUAUAUGCCGCCUACUUACGUGGAGACCUUCUUGACGAGGGAUGGCUUGGUGGAGGAGCACUACGUGCCUCCGCGUGAGCGGACGGUUCGGAAAAAGUUCAAGUACCAGGACCCGGGUUCCUGCGGAGCGUGCAAUGAAGUGUGCAACGGCGCCUGCGACGGUCCGGAAGUGAGCAAGAGCUACAAGAAAAGUGUCAAGCCUGGCGGGACUUGUGGUUGCUGCAAUGCCAAGGGCUGUUGUGACCGUGAGAAACUCUGGAUCCGCCGCGGCAGUUCGGUCGAAAGCUGGCAACUGAAGGAGCUCCAGAUCCACACCAAGUCUAGCCGAAAGAGAAGCAAAAACAAGUGCUGCUAA